GAUGAGCGCCACGGGAUACAUCCUGCAUCUUCGUCUUCCCAACCACUUCCAUGGCCGUAAAUCUUACCUACAAACGGAGUGCCCACGGCUCAACACCAAGGUUCCCCGUUUUUAUUGCCCAGAAGAUUGCGACACUGUUUCAGGGUUGCGUUUGCCGAACGUUAAAUACCACCGGCGAUCGAGCGGGAUUUCUAGAUUAUUACUGAUCGGCAAGUGUGCGGCUUCGGACAAUUUAUCACCAGAAUGGCCCUCUGAACAUGCAUCAAACUGUCCUAAGGUUGUUUCUUCCAUCGUGGCGAUUUUGAAGGGAGCAAACUCUUUUCUACCUCAAGUUGUUCUAGCAAGUACAAUUUUGGCUCUGAUAUACCCACCUUCAUUCACUUGGUUCACCAACAGGUAUUAUGCACCAGCAUUAGGAUUUCUGAUGUUUGCAGUAGGAGUUAAUUCAAGUGAAAAAGAUUUUCUUGAAGCGUUCAGAAAACCAGGAGCCAUUUUUGCCGGUUAUGUUGGACAAUUUGUUGUGAAACCCUUUCUUGGUUAUCUUUUUGGCACAUUGGCCAUGACCUUACUUGGUCUCCCAACUUCCUUGGCUGUAGGCAUCAUGUUAACAUCUUGUGUGAGUGGAGCACAGCUUUCCAAUUAUGCCACUUUUCUUACAGAUCCACAAAUGGCUCCCCUUAGCAUUGUCAUGACAUCUAUAUCUACUGCUACUGCUGUUUUUGUCACCCCGCUGUUGUCCCUGUUGCUAAUCGGUAAAAAACUACCCGUUGAUGUGAAAGGAAUGGUUUCCAAUAUUUUGCAAAUUGUGGUCACUCCUAUUGCUACCGGUCUACUUUUAAAUAGAUUCUUCCCGAAAAUUUGCAAUGCAAUUAGGCCACUUCUGCCUCCCCUUUCAGUUUUUGUGACAGCCCUUUGUGUUGGAGCUCCACUCGCUAUCAAUGUGGAAUCUGUAAUGUCCCCAUCCGGGAUUUCGGUGCUCCUGCUGGUGAUUGCAUUUCAUUUAUCAGCAUUUGUUGCUGGUUAUUUUCUCACUGGUUUCAUCUUCCAUAAUUCACCUGAUGUCGAUGCUCUGCAAAGAACUCUAUCAUAUGAAACAGGUAUGCAAAGCAGUCUCUUGGCUCUUGCACUUGCAAACAGGUUUUUCCAAGAUCCACUCGUCAGCAUUCCUCCGGCUAUUUCUACGGUCAUGAUGUCACUGAUGGGAUUCGCCCUUGUAUUGCUUUGGGCACGGAAAGAAAAGAAUGGUGCUUAAUCAGAUGAAGAACAUAAUGAUCGUUUACAUUGUUAGAAACAUCUGUUAACUAUGAUGUCUGCAUUUUGCCAUUUUAGCCUAACAGAGAAUCAGGGAUUCAUUAUUUUUAUUGGAAGGCAACUUAUUAAACAAUGUAUUGACUAACAAUGCAUUCUACAAGUAACUGUACAGUUCCAUU